AUGUCAUCAUCAACCUCUACCCAUGAUAAAUCAUCUGAUAAGACUCAUUCGGACAAUGCGCAUAAUCAGGAUAAGCAUUUGACCAAAAAUAAUGAAACAAUCAGCGAUACACAUCGAACAACAGAAGCUCACAAAAACAUCAAUACACGUCGCAAGUCUGAUGCAGAAAAACAUGCUCAUGCUGAUUUACAUGUGAAAAUUGCUGAUUCAGCAACUGUUGCUGGCCAUACACACGAGCCAGCCAAAUCCUCUGAACCCACAGCUGCAACAAGUACUCAUUCUCAUCCUAAAGCACAAACACAUUCGGAUCCGCAUAGCCAUAAGGACACACCUGCUAAAGCUGCUACUCGAAGCCCCCGUCGUAAAUCUGAUGCUCAUGAAUCACAACAGGAUACCCAUGGUCAAUCGAACAUACAUGAGAAAGCUGGCACACGUAGUCCACGUCGCAAUUCCAAUGCUCAUGAAUCAAAAAAUGAUACACACGACCAUGCGAACACAAAAGAAAAAGCUGCUCCACAUAGCCCACGACGCAAUUCCAAUGCUCAUGAAUCACAUAAGGAUAGUCAUGGUCACUCGACCACACAUGGAAAAACAACAACACAUGGUCAUGUAGUCACACAUGAGAAAGUGGCCACACAUCAUAAAUCAGAUGCUCACCAACCAGAAAAGGAUACACACGAUGCAGUUAAGCCCGCAAAAGUCGAAUCCGUUGAAACUGAACCGCAUAAUGCCGAACAGACAGGUAUGUUUAAAUCAAUUCCCAAUAAAGUAUUCUUGUUUUCCAUGGCAAAAAAAUUGAACAUUAGCAUUUGA